GAGAUGGUGGCUUGGAAAUGGACAUGCUAGAGGACCUCGAGUCCCUGCAGUUUGAGUAUGGGAUUCGAGAGGAAGACCGCUGCUGGCUGUAUUUGCAGGGCCGUUCUCGCGGGCUGAUGAUCAAGGCCUGUGCCCAUGCAGCCUUCUUCUGCAAGCUAUUCCGUAAUCUGAGAGAAUCAUUACAUGAGAAACAAACUUCCAAACGUCUCUCGACUGGAUCUCUUGACGACGCUCCUGAUGAUGACGCGCUAAGGGCGGGCAUCAUUGGAGGCGGCCGCCUUGGGCAGCAGCUGGCUCACGCACUGCUUCAGCUUGUCCCCAUCCCUGCUGAAGGUCUGCAGAUCUCCACUCGGAGGCCAGAGGCCCUGGCUGAGUUCCAGAAACUGGGAGUCCAGUGCUUCUACCAUAACUCUUCUCUGGUGGCCUGGGCCAACGUGAUAUUCCUCUGCUGCCUGCCAUCUCAGCUGCCUAACAUCUGCGUGGAAAUUCAAACCAGCCUGGACAAAGCCUGUAUUGUGUACAGCUUUGUAGCUGCCGUCCCCAUACCCAGGUUGAAACUCCUACUGAACCACACCAAUAUCUUGCGGCCUCAGUAUCACUGUGGUGAAGAUUUUGUCAACAUCUGGGGGGCCAAUAAGGACAUCACAGCUGCUCUCCAAGAUCCUGCAAUUCUUCAGGCUACCUGUCCCUACAGUCCUGCUGGGGGGAUUAUCCUCAAUGUCAAGUGGUUGGAGGGAGUGUUCUAUGCAGCCCUAAAUCUCUGCACUGCCAAGGACAUGCCUCACGCACAAGUGCUGCAGCUUCUGAGUGAACAGUUCCUCUCUGCGCACUUCGAAGACUGUGGGAAAGAUGGAGCAUCUUGCCCUAAAUUUCAACUACUAGAUUUUGUCAGCAAAGCCUAUGCCAAGAACCUACUGCAGAAAAGGCCUUUCCCCUGGUUUGAUCUGACUGCUGUGCAACUCAAGGAAACUCCCUUUAGCCAGCAUCUCUCAACCAGUACUGCUCUCCAGGACCACCUUACCCAACUAUACUGUGAUUCAUUUGGUAUCUCUCUAACCAAAGAACAACAGCCAGUGGUUUCCACAGGCUCUCCAUCCCAAUAAGAGAAGAGACCUCAGGAAUCAGGAUUUUUUCUCCCUCUACACUGGUUGUGCCCUGAUCAUCACAAGUGACAGUGGGAGUCAUGUGACUGUAUGGUGUUUGCCAUAUGUUAGGCAUUAAGGAAUUAGAAAAUUAUA